AUGUCGGACGACGAGAAACAAAUCGAAGGCAGCAGCGUUGAACACCAUGAGACGCAGAAUGCUGAAGGAAUGACGAAUAAUGUCAACGCGAGGAUUCAAAACCCUCUGCAUGGCAUUCCUCAAGAGAAGCUGCUAGCUCAGGUCGAGGCAUUCGCUCGCGAACGGGAGAUGGAGGAUAUUCUUCCGUCACUGAAAAAGGGCGCUCUCAUCGCGCAGAACCCCUCCGGGUUUGAGAAGAUUGCGAUGCUUACGGAAGAAGACCGGACCGUCAUCCGACGGGAAACAACUCACAAAUGGCACCAGACGAAGGCACUGUAUUACACUAUCAUACUCUGCUCCAUCGCUGCCGCUGUCCAGGGUUGGGAUCAGACUGGCAGUAACGGCGCAAAUUUGAGCUUCCCGGAGGAAUUCGGGAUUAGUCCUGAGGACCCAGACCCAGUCAAAGCUAGCAGGAAUCAAUGGAUCGUUGGUGUGGUGAACGCAGCACCGUACAUUGCUUGCGCUCUUUGCGGUUGCUGGCUUUCAGAUCCAAUCAACCAUUUCUUGGGGCGACGGGGGGCCAUUUUCAUAUCGGCCCUUUUCUGCUUCUUCCCCGUUAUUGGUUCUGGAUUUACGCGAACUUGGCAGGAGCUAUUCGUCACCCGUAUCUUAAUGGGCAUCGGAAUGGGUCUUAAAGCGGCGACAGUACCAGUGUUUUCUGCGGAAAAUACACCAGCGAAUAUCCGAGGAGGGCUUGUCAUGUCAUGGCAAAUGUGGACGGCGUUCGGCAUCUUUCUCGGGUUUGCUGCCAAUUUGGUGUUCUUCCAGAUGGGUCGACUCGCAUGGCGAUUUCAACUCGGCUCCGCGUUCGUACCUGUUGUCCCCCUGCUCGUUGGCGUAUACUUCUGUCCCGAGUCGCCUCGAUGGCUUAUGAAGAAGAACCGAUACCGUGAUGCUUUCAAGUCGCUUUGCCGGCUUCGCAACUCGGAAUUGCAGGCGGCGCGGGAUCUGUACUACGUCCACCGCCAGCUGGAAGAGGAGUUCAAGGUCAUGCAAGGAUCCAACUUCUUCACCCGCUUUAUCGAGCUGUUCACCAUCCCCCGUGUCCGCCGCGCUACUCUGGCUUCGUUUGUUGUCAUGAUCGCCCAGCAGAUGUGUGGUAUCAACGCGAAUUAUCGCCUUCUAUUCCUCUACGAUCUUCCAACAGGCCGGCUACAGUCCAUUGAGUGCAUUGCUGGCAUCUUUCGGAUUUGGCCUGGUCAACUUUGUUUUCGCAAUUCCUGCCGUUUGGGUAUACUAUUGACACUCCCAGCUUUUGGCCGGAGAAACCUGCUCCUGUCAACGUUCCCCAAUAUGGCGUGGAGUCUGUUGGUUGCCGGUUUCUGCUUCUACAUUCCCAAAGAAUCACCAGCCCGGACACCACUUAUCGCCCUGUUCAUCUACAUCUUCGCCUGCUUCUACAGCCCUGGAGAAGGGCCUGUCCCCUUCACAUACUCUGCAGAGGUCUUCCCAUUGACCCACCGUGAGAUGGGCAUGAGCUGGGCUGUUGCAACAUGCCUAUUCUGGUCUUCCGUGCUCUCGGUAUCAUUCCCGCGUCUCCAAGGCGCCACGGGAAGUGUCGGAGCCUUCGCAUUCUACGCCGGCUGCAACGUCGUCGCGCUGGUCAUGAUAUUCUUCUUGGUCCCCGAAACCAAGCAACGCACACUGGAGGAGCUCGACUACGUGUUUGGGGUGCCCACAAGAACACACGCGAGCUACCAACUCAACAAGGCGCUGCCUUACUUCGUCAAGCGCUACAUCUUGCGCCGAAAAGACGUCACCCUGGAGCCGCUCUACAACUUUGAUGAGGUCGAGUCGAUCACGGUUUGGGAGAAAGGCGCAGGACACUAA